AUUUUUCUUCUGAAAAUCUCUCCCCAUUUCAAGAGAGAGAGAGAGAGAGAGAGAGAGAGAUUGAUUUCCCAAAAGACCAAAACUUUUUGAUUUCUCAAGCUUUUCCGGCAUGGCCAGCGUGGAUCUCAACCCGACUGCAGUAGAAAAUUAUGCCAACCCGAAGACAUGUUUCUUUCAUGUUAUUUUCAAGGCUGCUUCAUUGGCGUUUUACAUUCUUUCUGCCAUAUUUGUUAGUAACUUUGUCAUCAUUUUUGUGGUGACUGUUCUUCUUGCUGCUCUUGAUUUUUGGGUAGUCAAGAAUGUGAGUGGGCGUAUUUUAGUUGGGUUAAGGUGGUGGAAUGAAAUAAAUGAUCUUGGUGAAAGUGUAUGGAAAUUUGAAUCUCUUGACCAAGAGUCAUUGGCCCGCAUGAACAAGAAAGAUUCGUGGCUGUUCUGGUGGACCCUAUACCUUACGGCGGCUCUGUGGAUCGUGUUAGCAAUAUUCUCUCUCAUAAGGCUUCAAGCUGAUUAUCUCCUUGUUAUAGGAGUUUGUUUGACCCUCAGUAUUGCAAAUAUUAUUGGCUUCACCAAAUGCCGAAAAGAUGCUAAGCAAAAGAUUCAACAAUUUGCUUCUCAGACCAUUGCAUCUCAGUUCUCAUCCACCAUACAAUCAGCAUUCAGUGUUGUCUGAAUCAUUCACUGGGGAAGAUGGAAAUAAAGGGGAAAUGCACUUGUGAGAGAUUUUGAGAAGUGGAAGAGUCAUGUAAAUGCUCAUUAUAUUGGCCAUUAAUUGGAAUCCUAUUGAACUGUGUUAUGGUAUAGACGACAGCAGCUUAGAAAUUUUGUCUGACUUCUAUUUUUUGGUAAAAAAAUCUCUAAUGGUUUGUAUAAUUGUAUUGAGAGCAUAUGAAAUGCAGUAGUAGAAAGUUGAGAUGCUAGUUUGCCUGUAAAUUGUUUGCUUAUUUCAGUUUUGGGUUGUAAUGAGGCCAAGGGCCUGGUCA